AUGGACUUCUUGCUGGCCUCGGAGAAAACUGGAGCCAGAAGAGUGGAGGGUAGAUUCAAGCUUCAGGCUCGAUUCCAGGAGGCACUUCCCGACGUGGAGAACAGAGGGUGGGCUAAGGAGGGGACUUCCAGCCGGCGCCGAGGGGACGCAGGCCAGCCCGAGGGCGGAGCCCCAGCGGCCGCCAGACCCGCGGGAGUCCGACCCGAGUGCACAGCGGAGCUGGGACCCUCCCUCCGACUUUCGGACCUGGCCAUGGCGUCACUGCAGAUACUGCUCUGCCUCUGUGUCGCCGCCGCGCACCUGGCGGGAACCCGAGGCACCACCUCUGAGGAGCCCAUGGUGACUGCGUGGGGCCUUGAAGGUUCAUUGCUGCACCCUGGCCAGCCCUCACCAGCCCUGGAGGACUGGGAAGAGGCCAGCGAGUGGACGUCCUGGUUCAACGUCGACCACCCGGGAGGCGACGGUGACUUCGAGAGCUUGGCUGCGAUCCGCUUCUAUUACGGGCCGGCGCGCGUGUGCCCGCGGCCGCUGGCGCUGGAGGCGCGCACCACAGACUGGGCCCUGCCGUCAGACGUCGGCGAGCGCGUACACUUGAACCCCACGCGAGGUUUCUGGUGCCUCAACCGCGAGCAGCCCCGAGGCCGCCGCUGUUCCAACUACCACGUGCGCUUCCGCUGCCCGCUCGAGGCCACGUGGGGUGCGUGGGGCCCGUGGGGUCCUUGUUCGGGGAGCUGCGGGCCAGGCCGUCGCUUGCGCCGCCGCCGCUGCCCAAGCCCUGCUGCGGAUGCGUGUCCUGGGCGUACCCUGGAGGCGCAGAAUUGUGUGAGGCCUACAUGUCCAGAGAAGCCCUAUCUGGUGAAGCACCCUGAGUCCCGAGUUCGAGAGGCUGGCCAGAAUGUGACCUUCUGCUGCAAAGCCUUGGGCACCCCCAUGCCCAAGAAAUACUCCUGGUUCCACAACGGGACCCUGCUGGACAGGCGAACGCACAGGUACGGGACCCACCUGGAGCUGCAUGGGCUUCACCCAGACCAGGCAGGCACCUAUCACUGCAAAGCGUGGAAUGAUGCCGGGGCCGUGCGAUCGGGCACUGCCCAACUCACCGUGCUUGCCCCAGGCCAGCCAGCCUGUGACCCCCAGCCCCGAGAACACCUGAUCAAGCUUCCAGACGACUGUGGUCAGCCAGGCAGCGGCCCCAUCUACCUGGACGUAGGCCUUUGCCCUGACACCCCCUGCCCCAGCCCUGCAGGCUCGAGGCCCCGAUGUGGGGACGCAGGCUCCCGCUGCUGCUCGGUGCACCGGCUGGAGAGCAGGAAGAUCCACUGCUCUGGUUACAUCCUCCCAGUCAAGAUAGUAGCUGAAUGUGGCUGCCGGAAAUGUCUGCCCCCUCGGGGGCUGAUCCGGGGACGUGUGGUGGCCGCUGAGUCUAGGGAGCCCUUGCGCUUUGCUCGGAUCCUCCUGGGCCGGGAGCCCAUUGGCUUCACAUCCUACCAGGGUGACUUCACCAUUGAGGUGGCACCUUCCACUCAGCGACUGGUGAUUACUUUCGUGGACCCCAGUGGCCAGUUCGUGGACACUGUCAGGGUCCUGCCUUUUGACCCUCGAGGUGCGGGCGUGUACCAUGAGGUCAAGGCCAUGCGCAAGAAAGCCCCUGUCAUCUUAGAUGCCAGCCAGAGCAACACGAUAUCCCUCGGGGAGCUGGAGGACGAAGCCCCCUUAGGCGAGCUGGUCAUCCCUCCGAGAGCCUUCCGCAGAGCUGAUGGUGAACCCUACACAGGGGCUGUGGAGGCCCGGGUGACAUUUGUUGACCCCCGAAAUGUCACCUCGGCGGCUGCCGCCCCCAGUGACCUGCGAUUUGUGGACAGUGACGGGGAGUUGGCUCCACUGCGCACCUACGGCAUGUUCUCGGUGGACCUCCGUGCUGCCGGCUCCGCAGAGCAGCUGCAGACCGGGCCGGUGGCCGUGCGUGUGGCCGCCAGCCAGAUCCGAAUGGCCGGCCACGUGGAGGCCCUGAAGCUGUGGUCGCUGAACCCUGACACGGGCCUGUGGGAAGAGGAGAGCGGCUUCCAGCGUGAGAGGUCGGCGGCCUCACGGGUCCGCCGGGAGGAGCGGGUCUUCCUGGUGGGCAACGUGGAGAUCCGGGAGCGGCGUCUGUUCAACCUGGACGUGCCUGAGCGCCGCCGCUGCUUGGUGAAGGUGCGCGCCUACGCCAACGACAAGUUCAACCCCAACGAGCAGGUGGAGGGCGUGGUGGUCACGCUGGUCAACCUGGAGCCUGCCCCCGGCUUCUCGGCCAACCCCCGCGCCUGGGGCCGCUUCGACAGCGCCGUCACUGGUCCCAACGGGGCCUGCCUCCCCGCCUUCUGCGAUGCUGACCGGCCAGACGCCUACACCGCCCUGGUCACGGCCACCCUGGGCGGGGAGGAGCUGGAGCCCGCCCCAUCCCGGCCCCGCCCACUCCCGGCCACCGUGGGCGUGGCCCAGCCCUACCUAGACAAGCUGGGUUACCGCCGCACCGACCACGACGACCCCUCCCUCAAACGCAAUGGCUUCCGCAUCAACCUCGCCAAACCCAGGUCCGGCGACCCCGCCGAGGCCAACGGCCCCGUGUACCCGUGGCGCAACCUGCGGGAGUGUCAGGAGGCCCCGGUGACCGCCAGCCACUUCCGCUUUGCUCGCGUGGAGAUGGAAAAAUACGAGUAUAACGUGGUCCCCUUCCGCGAGGGCGUGCCGGCCUCCUGGACUGGAGAUCUCCUGGCCUGGUGGCCCAACCCGCAGGAGUUCAGAGCCUGCUUCCUCAAGGUGAAGAUCCAGGGUCCCCAGGAAUACAUGGUCCGCUCCCACAAUUCGGGGGGCAGCCACCCUCGGACCCGGGGCCAGCUCUACGGUCUGCGGGAUGACCGGAGUGUCCGAGACCCCCAGCGCCCUAGCACAUCUGCCGCCUGCGUGGAGUUCAAGUGCAGCGGGAUGCUGUUCGACCAGCGUCAGGUGGACAGGACACUGGUGACCAUCAUGCCCCAGGGCAGCUGCCGGCGCGUGGCGGUCAAUGGACUCCUGCAGGAUUACUUGACCCGGCACCCCCCUGUUGCACCCGCUGAUGACCUGGCUGUCUUCUCCAUGCUGGCCCCGCUGGACCCUCUGGGUCACAACUAUGGUGUCUAUACAGUCACUGACCAGAGCCCAAGGCUGGCCAAGGAGAUUGCCAUCGGCCGCUGCUUCGAUGGCUCCUCUGAUGGCUUCUCCAGGGAGAUGAAGGCCGAUGCUGGCACAGCCGUCACCUUUCAGUGCCGGGAGACACCAGAGGGCCGGCCGAGCCUCUUCCAGAGGCUGCUGGAGUCCCCAUCGGCAGCUCUUGGUGACAUCCGCAGGGAGAUGGGCGAGGUGGGCCGGGCACAGGCACGAGCCUCAGGUCCCCUCCGCACCCGCCGUGGCAGGGUCCAGCAGUGACCCUGGGCCCCAGCCUCGCUCCUCUGCCCUGCUCCAGACUCCUCUGUCCUUGGCAAGUCUCUUCAGGUUUCUGGGCACUUCCUCCCCAGCCCAGAAUUCAGUCAGGUCCGAUGGUGCAAAUGCAGGCAGAUAAUUGUUGCUGUGUGACGUGAAAUGGAGUUUGUCCUGACUGUGGGAGCCAGCAUCCUGGGAUGAUGGUCGGGGCUGGUGACCGGCUGAGGCCCAGAGGGGAUCAUUCCCAGCUCACAUGCCAGCUCUGAUUUCAUUUCAUAUUUUGACCCGGAUUUCAGAUAAUCCUCCCUUUCAGAUUUCUGUGCUGAGCUGGAUGCUUUUUUGGGUCCUCUACCCUGAGUUUUGUUCUUGGGGUUAUUUAUUGAAUAAAUAAUAACAGGUGUGAGUGUGGGGUCCGGACGUGGCCCAUGGAAGGUCUGGGGAAGAGGCUUCUUGGCUCUGGGACUGAGGAGCACAAUUCUCAUACGUUUGGUGCUUGGAGAUUCCCCAGGGGGUCGGGGCAGGGAUUCAAUUAA